GAUAUGCCCGGCCGCGGCCAUCGGAGAGACGUAUGCUCGCAGGAAGGGCUUUCCAUGGAGUAUAUUACUCAUCCACUCAUUAGAAUCCCUUUCCUAGACUCCUACCAAUACAAUCGCAACCCCAAUACCUAUCGCUACGCGUCUGCCCGCGACAACAUCCAAGCACAAUUUUUAUCAAAUAAGAUACGACAGACAACUCAAUAAUUGCCAUUUCAAACGUCUCAUUUACCACCAGAUCUAC